CUAACUGGCAUGGGCUCACAAGUUGAAGGUAUGAUUGGAUCAUGAAACAAAGCUCGUGGGCUUUAACUUUUUUCCAUUUUGAUUUUUUUAAUGUGUUUAGGUGAAAAAAAAGUAAAGGCCAAGAAUGAAGCUCAUUUGUGAGCCGUGAACCCAUGUUCAAGUGGAGCAAAAAGGAAUAGCUGGAAAAUUUAACGUAGAGGCAGUAAAGAGAGACACAAAUAAAAAAAGGCAAAGAAAAGCAAAGAAAGCUGUCGGUCCUCUCCUUCCUUUUCUUUAAAAAACAACAUCCGAAGCCCAAACACACCUCAUAAACAUUAAAAAAAAACCAUGGACAAAGUUCUAUAGUCCCCAUUGCCCAAUAUCUAAAAAGAAACAACUGAACUGAACUAAGCAAAGAGAAUAAGAGGGAAACAAAGAGAGACACAAAACAAAGCUGCCAUGAAAGGAAGAGAAACCAAAGGAGCUCCUUCAGCAGAUUUGCUAGUAUGUUUCCCAUCUCAAACCCGUCUAAGUCUAAUGCCAAAGCCCAUUUGUAGUCCAGCGAGGCUAUCAGAACCCAACAAGCGCCACAAUCAUCACCAUCACCACCACAAACGUCUCCUUAAAAAAUCAAGCACAAGAAAGGGUGGUGGAGCUGGCGGCCAAGCUAGCCCUCUUCUAUGGGCUAAAAACAAGCAAAUGGGAUCCGAGAUCACGGAACCAACCUCCCCGAAAGUCACCUGUGCAGGCCAGAUCAAAGUCAGGUCCAAAACAAGCUCAUGCAAAAGCUGGCAAUCAGUCAUGGAAGAGAUUGAAAGAAUUCAAAACAACAGGCAACACAAAAAGAGGCCGAGUUGGGUGGAGUCACUUGGUUUUAAGAAAGAAGUCAUGCAGUUCUUAACAUGUUUGCGGAGCAUUCAUUUCGAUUUUCGAUGUUUCGGGUCUUUCCCUCGAUCUGAUAUCACUACUGAUGAUGAAGAUAAAGAUGAAGAAUACCAAGAAAACCACAGUCAUAUAGAAGGCAACGAGACAUCAAGAACCAUCUUUUCCAAAUGGUUCAUGGUGCUGCAAGAGAAUCGAAACAACGGGUUUUGUAAAGAAGAAAAGAAAGAAAAAGAGAGGUCCCAUGAUGUUGAUGAUGAUCAAGCUGCAAUUCCACCUCCAAAUGCUCUCUUGCUAAUGCGUUGUAGGUCUGCUCCUGCUAAGAGCUGGUUGGAAGAGAACAGGGUAGAAGAGAACGAAGGGGAUGAGGAAAACAUAGAAAAUGACGAAGAGGAAGAAGAAUGUAAGAGGAAAGAUGAGAAGAAAGCUAAGAAUUUGAGGUCAUUAAUGGAAGAAGAAAACAGAAAGACGAAAGAGAGUUUGGUGGUGAUGAGAUACGACCCUGAUUGCUACAAAAUUUCAUCUGAUAUAGCCAAAGAGAAAUGGCUUGUUGGUGGAAUGAAAGAUCCAUUAUCCCGAAGUCGAAGUUGGAAGAGAUGAUUAUCCUAGUGACCACUUUUUUAUUUUUUUUGUUCACUUCAUAAAUAUUUCUGUUUUUUAUUUUGAACGUUUUUCCCUCCUUUUAAUCUGAGCUCUUUUCUGAGAACUGGGAAUUUCAAACCUAAUCACCACCUAUAGUUUACCUUUUGAAUUUUGAUAUAUGGUCAUUGCUAUGUAUAAUUUGAAAGUUGUAUUUAUGUUACAUAAUUGGUACAGCUUUCCUUUUCGUUCAAUUGGAAAAGAUUUUGCUGCCAUGUACAUUCCUGAGUUGUUCUUGCAUCCCCUGUAUUCAGAACCUUGUUUUAGUUCCUUUUGAUUAGUGAAUUGCUUGGCAGUUGUUUUCUCUCAACUUUCCUGAGAUUCAUAGAA